AUGACCUGCCAGGUGUCAGACGUCAGGAGCAGGCGAGCCGGGAAGCAGGCGAGUGGAGCCAAGAAUACAGUCACACACUCCCUGCAGUAUGUCUACAGUGGUUCAUCAGGGAUACCGAACCACCCGGAGUUUAUGAUUGUAGGGCUGGUGGACGGGGAGCCCUUUGUUCACUAUGACAGCAGUAGCCACGAAAUGACUCCUCGUCAGGAAUGGGUGACAAAGGCUGUGGAUCCUGAUUAUUGGGACAGGAACACUCAGGUCUCCAUGGGUACAGAGCAGAAUUUCAAAAACAACAUAGAAGUGGCAAAGCUGCGUUUCAACCAAACCGGAGGGAUCCACACAUUUCAGCAGAUGUACGGCUGUGAGUGGGAUGAUGAAACUGGGGCCACAGGUGGUCUUGAACAAUUUGGCUAUGAUGGGAGUGACUUUAUUGCAUUGGACUUCAAGACCAUGACUUUUGUGACUCCAGUGCAGCAGGCAUUUCUUACUACAGUGAAAUGGAAUCAUGACAGUGCUAUAUUAUGGAAAAGUAAAGCCUACCUGACCCAGACCUGCAUUGUGUGGCUGAAGAAGUAUGUGAGCUAUGGGAAGAGCACACUGGAGAGGACAGUCCGCCCUGAGGUGUCUCUGCUGCAGAAGGACCCCUCCUCUCCUGUCACCUGCCACGCAACCGGCUUCUUCCCCAGAGGGAUCGUGGUGACCUGGCAGAAAGAUGGAGAGGACAUGCACAGUGAUGUGGAGGUGGGGGAGACCCUGCCAAACGGCGACGGAACAUUCCAGAUCUCAUCCAAACUCACGGUGAAGCCUGAGGACUGGAAGAUGAACAGCUACAGCUGUGUCGUGCAGCACAAGAGCCUCCAGGAUGACAUUGCUGUGCUGCUGGAGGACAAGAACAAAAGGACCAAUCAGGGAGGCGAUUCCUGGGGCGAAGGCUUGGUGGCUGCUGCUCUGGCUCUCGUUGCUGUUGUCACUGGGGUCGUGUUGUGGAGGAAGUGCAGGACAGGCUAUGGGAAAGCCGGCACGUCUGACACUGAUUCUGAGAACUCCAGCCAAAAGCAACCAAAAGCACUCACCCUCCAUGAUGUCAUAGUUAAACACCUUCUCUGCCAGAAGGCGACAGAGACAAGAUGAGAUGAAUAUGCAGAUUGAUUGGAGAUUUAUUAUUACAGGAAACCAUUAUUAAUCACCUGUUAUAGUUUCUGAUCUGGCUGAGUUACAUAGUUAUUCUCAGACAGGGGGGCUGCUAGAGAUUUUAGGGCCCAUGAAACCACAUCAUACUGGGCCCCACCAGCCGGACCAAUCCAGUUAUGUUCUGAAUGUUUAGGGCCUUGUCACUCAGGGGCCCUGGGAAUUGUCCUGCCCCCCCCCCCCAACCCUUUACAGCACCCCUGUACUCAACUGAGGAUUAUUGGUCACGUACUGUGUAGAAAAAUAUAUUUAAAAUGCUUUUAAAUAAGUGAGUAUCUGGCACCUUGCCUGCAGGGUUUACAUGCAGUGCUGUCUAUAUGCGAUUUAUUUUCCUGUGUAAGUUGUGAAAUGAUUGUCUUUUUCACAUAAUCUAAUCACAA